GACCAAAUAUUGGGAUAAAGUUAUCAAGUGUUAUUUGAUUUCAAUUUUCUUCACGCACUUCACCGAGGUCAUAAUAACAACUUUAUUUUCAGCGGUGCAUAAAUUAAUUACGCGCAUUUAAUAACUAAAAUAUCAUUAUAUUCCCCCUUUAAUAACAUAAACGCUGCACGCCAGGGAAACCCUUAAUAGCGCGGGGCCCUGUAACUGGCCAUUAUCCGCCUGUAAUGAUAUUACAGAACCAAUUACGCGCCAUUAGAAGGGAUUUUCUGCACUUUAUGUGGUUUAGUCCAAUCCCGCACUCCUCUUCUAAAUUUCAGCUGCUUCUCGAAGCCUCAUUUUGCCUCCACCUCAGAGACGCAUGGCGUCUACGCUCUGUCGUCCCCGAUGCGCUUUAAAACUAAUUGAAAGGGUCCCGCAGCAGAUCAUUUAUCUGAGGAAGCGAAAUAAAUCGCAGGACCCCUUGCUGUGAACAAAAUCAAAAAUUUGGCCUUGUGAGUGCUCUACGCGCGCAACCCCUUGUAAAGUGGACCCCCUAACACACCCUGACGAGCCAUUAACCCACCCGACAGUCAAUCUAAAACCCAAAAGCAGUCAUCCUCCUUUUUUUAAUAUAUGAAAGAACCAAAUAAAAAGUGCAGCGGGUAUGUGUGCAUGUUUAUGGUUAGGGAAUAUGCCCGACUCUGAAAUAACAAUCACUUGUGAUGAAUUUUUUAGGCACCUUGGGCAUGUCUCCCCUCUUUCUUUAUUUCUGUCUUUCCACACACAACAUACACACACACACACACACCAGGGGUUCGGGGUGAGAGAGACAAAGACGUGAUAAUCCGAUUAGGACCAAUUAGGCGUGAGAUUCUGCGACACUACAGCUGAAAGCCUUAACACUCUGUAGACAGUUAUACAGUUAUAGAGACAUCUGGACACUCCCAGAGAGAGAGAGAGAACGAGAGAGCGUGUGUGUGUGUGUGUGUGUGUGUGUGUGUGUGUUGGAGAAAGAGAGAAGAGAGCAGGAAGGAUUUGGACACUCCCAAGCAGAGAGUCAGUGGGAGCGCAGCAUCAGCCGCUUCUCUCCAGAGCGCAAACUCACUCUCAUCAGGAUCCUGACUUGCAGGUAGGAUGCGCUCCAGUCUCAGGUUCCAAGACGUGCCAUCAAGGAUGUUCUACUUUCACUGCCCGCCUCAACUUGACGGAGAGUGCUGUCGCUCCAACACUCUUAAUUCAGGCGGUUUUGGAAACCACGCCCCGGCUGAUUUCGACGAUGGAUUUCUGCGGAGGAAGCAGCGCAGAAACAGAACAACAUUCACUUUACAACAGUUGGAGGCAUUGGAGGCUGUCUUUGCACAGACUCACUACCCAGACGUGUUCACCCGGGAGGAGCUGGCCAUGAAAAUCAACCUGACCGAAGCCAGGGUGCAGGUUUGGUUUCAGAACCGCAGAGCAAAGUGGAGGAAGACGGAGCGAGGGGGGUCAGAACCUGAAGCAGGGAAGGAGUCGAUGAGUGAUGGUACCCCUCCAUCUCGCAGUCUCAACUCUCAGUCCCCUGUGGACCAUGGCAGGAAACAGAAAGAACCUUUGGAGAUACAGCAGAGCAUCAACAGGACGGUGGGUCCAGGUGGUCCAUUCUUUCCAUCAUGUAUUCCAGGCACGCUCCUGAACUCUGCUACCUACGCCCAGGCACUCUCACACGUGGCUACACUAAAAGGGAAUGGUUUGUGCUCCUGCUGUGUCUCUGACCCCAUGGGCUUGUCCUUCCUUCCUCCCUACGGCUGUCAGGGAAACCGCACAGCCAGCGUCGCGGCCCUGCGCAUGAAGGCCCGCGAGCAUUCAGAGGCGGUGUUGCAGUCUGCCAACCUGCUCAGUGCCUCAGCCACACCAGGAGCCGGCGUGGGAGUCCUUUCCAGUGUGAGCACGGCCGGGGUGGUCAGGCCCUCUGUGGGGCCCACCAUCGAGGUGCCCGGCGGUGGCCUUAGAGGGGGAGACAGCUCCAGUCCUGGCACUGUCACAAAAGUCCCAAUCUUGGGCGGCAGUUCUGACAAACAUCCUCACUGCUCCAAGGACCCUCUGGAGAAGAAGUGAGGAGGUGGACACAAACGUGAAUGUUGCUGAUAAUCUGUGAUUAUGCCUCCUUAUUCCUUAUCUCCUCUGCUCCAAAAUGAGCAACAAAGCACAACUACUGACUGACUCCAGAAAAAUCCUGGGACAGACAUUUUGUAUGGAUGCAAACAUAAACGUAUUUAUUUGAUAGUAAAGUAUCCUUGUGAGAAAUGGUGAAUAACUGGGUGAUCGCUACGCUCGGAAAGACAAAACUGUGUUUUUUUAUUUUUAUCCAUCUACACGCACUCUUGGGCUAUAUUAUGUAAAACAUAGAAGCAUUAUGUGUGAAGCAGAGGCCUAUUUGAUAGUGUGAAUUUAAAUAAUCCUGUGGGGACCGUUGCUUACAUUUUGAAUGUCAAUGCAUGAAGAGUGAUUGUUGAAGUGAUGGCAGGACUGAGGAUUUUUUAAAAAGUCAGCAGUGAGACAAAACAAUGCUCUCUAUUUUUUAUUUUUUAUUUUAAAGUGAAAGUGCACUUUAUUAAUAAUCAGCUGUGCUCCUUGUAAAAAAAAAAAAGUCAAUGUCAGUGUGUGUAUUCAGUUAUCCCUCCCUCUCUGUUAGCACAUCUGUAGUGGCAGCAGACAGGGAACACACCAGUCCUGUUGUGACAUGUUCUUUAAAACAAUUAAAGAUGUAGUCGCUCA